AUGUCUGACAAACCCAAUAUGAGAGAAAUCUCCAGCUUCGACAAGACUAAGCUGAAGAAGACGGAGACCAGAGUGAAGAACCCAUUGCCAACUAAAGAAACAAUCGACCAAGAGAGGAAACGAGAGCCAUCGCCUUGA